CAAUCAUCGUGAUUCAAAUCAAUGGAUUCAAUUAUGAGGUCGGACGAAGAUUAUUUCGAUUCCGAUUCAUCAGCUUCGGGCGAGGAAGCUGAGACUUCUAAAGUGGUUUGCGUACCAAAAUGCCCAGAUGAAUUGAAACCAAAAAUUGGACAAAGUUUCAUGACCCUUGAUCGUGCAUUGGACUUCUACAAUAAUUAUGCUCGAUAUGUUGGAUUUGACACCCGUAAAAAGGGAUCGAAAAAGGAAAAAGAUGUCACUACUUGGAUUUACGUGGUGUGUAGCCGAGAAGGUACAAAGCAAAGAAACAGUAAACAAUCUGAGGUGAAACGAAAGCGUUCUUCUAUUAAGUGCUAUUGUAAUGCUAAAGUGUCUUGGAAGUAUAUUAUGGGUGUUGGUUAUGUUAUACAAAGUUUCGUUGAAGACCAUAAUCAUGAGAUGGUUGAGGAACGCCAUAAGCGUUUUAUGAAUUUGAACCGUAAUUUGGAUUUAGUCCAUCAGAAAUUCAUCCUCGAUUGUGCUAAUGCAAAUAUUGGUCCAACUUUAAGUUUUAGCUUACUUAAAGAAGUGCUUGGUGGAUUAGAUUAUGUAGGGUGUACUGUUUUAGAAGUGCGCAACUAUAGACGUGACCUUAGAGCUUAUGUAGAAGGAGCUGAUGCACAAAUGUUAUUGAAUGAGUUGCGAAGGAAGAAGGAGUUGUGUAGUGCAUUUACAUAUGAGUAUGAGGUCAACUCAAAGGAUAGGAUGACACGAUUGUUUUGGUGUGAUCCUACUGCCAGAAGAAACUACCAUUUGUAUGGAGAUAUUGUUUCGUUUGAUACGACAUACUCCACAAACAGAUACUGUAUGAUAUUUGCUCCUUUUACGGGCAAGGAUAAUCAUGGUCGCCCUGUGACAUUUGCUGCUGGCCUUUUGUCCAAGGAAAAUGCCAACUCCUUUUCAUGGUUAUUUAACCAAUUUGUAAAGUGUAUGGGUGUGGCUCCCAAACUCAUUGUAACCGACCAAGACUUAGGAAUGAAAGUUGCUGUUGAGGAGGUCCUUGUCAAUACAAGACACCGGUGGUGUAUGUGGCACGUUAUGAAUAAAGUUGCUGACAAAUUGCCAAAGAACAUGCUUGGUAGUGAACAAUUAAAGAAGGAACUGAAUGCAUGUGUAUGGUCAGAGUUGAUAGAACCUGAUGCAUUUGAGGAAACUUGGCAUGCUAUAAUGGAAAGAUAUGGGCUGACCAAUAAUGUCUGGUACUCAAAGUCUCGGGCUAACCUUAUGCAAUUUUAUAUGAACUAUAAUCAUGCUCUGGAGACUCAAAGAAGUAAUAGUGCAAAGCUUGAAUACUAUGAUUCAACAAAAGUACCUAUUUUGCGAACAGGAUUGGAAAUCGAGAAACAUGCAUCGACGAUAUAUAGUGGUAGUGCUUAUACUGAAAUUCAAGAAGAGAUAGUAUAUGCAUGUUUCUCUUUGUCUUGUGCAACUCUAGGAGUGUCUACCAAUACAGAUAUUGAAGUAUAUGACAUAAAGGACAAGGAUUCAAACUCAUGGACAGUGACUUACUCCAUUGGUGAUGACACCUAUUUGUGUGGAUGCAAAAAAUUUGAAAGACUUGGUCUAUUGUGCAGCCAUAUAUUUUGUGUGUUGAAACAUAAUUUUGUUAAGUUGAUACCCGAGAAGUUGCAUGGAGGAAGAUGGUUGAAGUCACAGUUUGUGAAGCCAAUACAUGGAGGUUUUUGUGAUGAUCAAGAAAUACACCUUGCUGUGGACAAGAAGAAGAUUGCAUUUAAAAACUUGUACGGAUUAUUCAUUGAAACAGCACAAAGCAUUGAAGGGAACAUUGAUCAAAUCAAUGCAUUCGCUGCAAUUAUUGAAGAAGGUAGGAAGCAGCUUCUUGGCGAAGAUGUUGUUCUGUCUUCCACACAGAAGAGAGCAAUGAUUGAGAACUUUUAUGGCUCACAUGUCCCGAACAAUAUUGAAGUUCAUCAUCCUGAGGUUGUUAGUACAAAGGGAAGUGGAAGUAUGAAGAAAUCGAAGAGGGAGUCAGCAAUAAAGUUAGCAAUGAAACCAGGCCGAAAGUGUGGAAACUGUCAUGAGAUUGGACACCAUGAUUCUAGGAACUGCAAAAAGGUUAAUGAGAAGUCAAAUCAGAGGCAAUGA